CAACCCUUUAACGACCAACAUCUUGAAUGACUGUAAAAAAUGGACUAUCGUUAUCAAGAACAUAGAAAUAAGGAUUCAUAUAUAUCUCGGAAUAUUGAUUUGAACCGCUCAGAAUCAGAUUUAGCAGUAAAUAUUAAGAAAGCAACAAGUAUUAAGGAAACAGCACCUAAAAGAAAGCAUGUUAGAAGUUGUAUAGUAUACACUUGGGAUCAUAAGUCAUCAUUAUCAUUUUGGGCGGGACUUAAAGCUCAGCCUAUUUUAUCAGACGAUAUUCAGAUUUUUAAAGCAUUAAUAUGCAUGCACAAAGUAAUUCAAGAGGGGCAUCCUGUUACGCUUCAGGAAGCACAGGCUCAGAAAUCAUGGCUCGAAAUUUGUUCUCGCUCGGUAAUUGGAGGAAAUGUCAAAGGAUACGGAAAUUUGGUGAAAGAAUAUGUGGAGUUUUUAAUAGCUAAACUUUCAUUUCAUAAGUUACAUCCAGAGUUUAAUGGAAUGUUUGAAUAUGACGAAUAUUUAACACUUAAAAAUACAAGUGAUCCAAAUGAGGGAUAUGAAACUAUUACAGAAUUAAUGCAAUUACUGGAUCGAAUUGAUUUAUUUCAGAAAACGAUAUUUUUGCAUUUUAGAAGUGGAUCUACUAAUGAAUGUCGGAUUGCAGCGUUAGUUCCUUUGGUUCAAGAAAGUUAUGGAAUAUACAAAUUUAUUACAAGUAUGAUUCGUGCUAUUUAUCAUAGUACACAAUUUAGUGAGGGCAUUAAGCCUCUUAAAUUGAGAUAUAAUUCUCAACAUCAUAAACUUGUUAAAUUUUAUUAUGAAUGUUCUAAUCUUAGAUAUCUUGUUAAUUUGAUAUCAAUACCAAAAUUGCCUCAGGAUCCAGAAGAUUUAAUAGAAGAUUUCGAAUUAUCUUCACAGAAAUUUUCUAUACAGGAAAAAGAUUCAUUAUCAGAAGGGUCAUCGAAAAAUGAAAAUAAUCAUGAUAUUAGUAAGUCAUCUAAUAUUUUGUCUAUUAGUCAAAUGCAAAAAACACCUACAUACGAAGAACUUCAAGCUCAAAAAGAAACAGAAUAUGCGAAACAAGAAUUUGAUCAACAAAAAUUAGCUCAUGAGCGACUACUAAAUGAACAAUAUCAGGCGUAUAUUCAAAAUAGAGUCUCGGAAUUAGAACAAGAAGUUUUUAAUAUGCAUGGACAAUAUAAUAGAGACCAGCAUAUGCUUGAACAAUAUGAUAAGAAAGUUAAAAUUUUAGAGAAUGAAUUACAGAAUUUAAAUAUUAAUGCAUCUCAACAAAUUGAAAGUAAAGAUAGUUACAUCAAGUCUCUUCAAGACCAGAUUAUUAUGUGGAAAAAUAAGUACGAGUCUUUAGCACAAUUAUACACUCAACUUCGUGAAGAACAUAUAGAUUUUCUUUCAAAAUUUAAACAAGUUCAAUUAAAAGCAGCAUCUGCUCAAGAAUCUAUUGAAAAAAAAGAAAAAAUAGAAAAAGAAAUGGAUAGCAAAAAUAUGGAGUUAACUAUUAUAACUCGUGAAAGAGAUCGUUUAAAACUUGAUAUGGAUAAAUUAAAAAAUCAAAAAGAGGAACUGGAUAAAAUUAACAAAAAUUUAAUGUCGAGUUUAGAAAAAACUGAAAGUUCCGAAAAAUCCAAAUCUCUCGAGCUUUCUUCAUUAACAUCUAAAUAUAAUAAAGAGGUUUCGGAUUUUGAAAAAUUGCUUCUGGCUAAACAAGAAAUGAUUGAUGAGAUAUCAUUAAAGUUACAAGAAUCAUAUGAUCAAUUAGAAACAGUAUCGAAAGAAAAAGAUGAUGAGUUAGAAAUUUAUAAGGCCGAAAUGGAUUCUGCAUUUAUGAAACUCAAUGAUUUACAUAUGAAUAAUCGUAAUAUGGAUUCUGCUAUUAAUUCUGAAAUUAACCGCAUUUUAACUGAUAAUUCGAAAAAACUUAAUAAUAUUAUUGAUGCUAUUUUGCAAAGUGCUAUACAAAUAAUUGAUAAUUCUUUAUACGAGUUAGUUUCUCCUAUGCAAACGGGUAAUCAAAAUUCAACUCCUGAAUAUUUGCUAUCAACAAUUGAGAAAGGGAGCUCUAAUGCUAUGGAUUUUUUUACUACUUUUAGUAAUUUUAUAGUGGAUAGUCCUAAUGGAGAUCAUUCUGAAAUAAUACGAUUGAUUAAUAUAUUUUCGAGCUCUGUCAGCGAAAUACUUACUAAUGCAAAAGGAAUUGUCAGACUUGCUGGUGAUGAUGACAUUGGAGAAAGGCUUAUUUCAUAUGCCCAUGAUUUUGCUAUUACUUCACAGAGGAAUUUAGAAGCAUUACAAACACAUUCGUUAAUAGAUCUUUCAGAUGAAAAAAAGAUUGAAAUAGUUAUUUCAAAAAAUUUAGAUGUUCAAUUAUGUUUAAAAAAGCUUGCCCAGUUAUCCGAAAAUUUUGUACCUAAAGAGAUUGUGGAUUUGGUUGCAAAUUCAAAGGAAGAUAUAGGAGAUUUAGUAGAUAGAGAAUUAAGAAAUGCAUCACAUGCAAUUGAAGAAGCAGCUGCUCGCUUAAGCAAGUUAAAGGAGCGACCGAAAGAUUUACAAUUCACAUGUUCCGAAUUACAAAUACAUGAUUCUAUACUUGAAGCAGCAAUCGUUAUUACUAAUGCAGUUUCCCGACUAAUUAGAGCAGCAACAGAUUCUCAAAAUGAAAUUGUUAGUCAAGGAAAAGGCUCUAGUACCAGGGCUGCAUUUUAUAAAAAGAAUAAUCGAUGGACUGAAGGGCUUAUUUCUGCAGCUAAGACUGUUGCUGGAUCAACAAAUAUUCUUAUUGAAACUGCAGAUGGAGUAAUUAAUGGCAGGAAUAUCCAUGAGCAAUUGAUCGUGGCAUCUAAUGAAAUGGCUGCUGCUACAGCUCAACUUGUAGCUGCAUCAAGAGUUAAAGCAAGUUUUAUGUCAGAAACACAACAGAAAUUAGAAGAUGCUUCAAAAGCUGUUUCACUUGCAUGCAAAACGCUUGUCAAACAGGUACAGGAUAUUGUAGAAUCUCGUUUUCAACAGGAUAAUAUUUUUGAUUAUUCCAAACUUACACCACAUGAAUUUAAAGUACACGAGAUGGAACAACAAGUUGAAAUCCUUAAACUGGAAAACCAACUUGCGAACUCAAGAAAGAAAUUAGGAGAAAUGAGAAAGGUUUCUUACUACAAAGAAAUAAUCGAAUCAUAAUUUUCUAUUUUAUAAAACAUUUAGCCUAAAACUAUUUUAUUCCAAAACUUUUUUAAAAAUAUAUUAUCAUCAAACACAUUUCAUAUUACACAAAUAUCUUAGAAAUAGAC